GAUGAGGUUGAGGCGGUACCUGACUCCAAAGCAGCUCCUGCGUCUCAAUGAACCGAACCGGGCAAACAACGAAGUCCCUCACGAGCUGCUGCAAUAUUGCUACAUCCAAGACGACAUUUUCUAUUUGCCACCCUCCAAGACACUGCUGGCUUCCAGUGUAGUGGUCACGUCAUGUCGCGAUGCAAACUACCAUACUAUCAGAAGCUCGGUUCACGACUGAGCUGUAGGACGUGAAUGUCGGGCCGGUGGGGACGUUCCAGGGUUGG